AUGGAGGAUGUGGAUUUCCGCUCAGAAAACUCAGGGGCUUCUACUACAUAUCCCAUGCAGUGUUCUGCACUGAGGAAGGAUGGAUAUGUCAUCAUUAAAGAUCGUCCCUGCAAGAUCGUUGAGAUGAAUACCUCCAUGUCUGGCAAGCAUGGGCACGCCAAGGUUCACCUUGUUGGACUUGACAUCUUUACUGGGGAGACACAUGAAGAUAUCGUCCCAUCUACCCAUAACAUGGAUGUCCCUAGUAUAUCUUGGAAGGACUUCGAGGUUAACAGUAUCAAGGAUGGUUACUUGACCUUUCUUGAUGAUAAUUUCGAUACCAAAGAGGGUCCUAAAGUGCCGGAGGGUGAGCUGGGCGAAGAAAUCACCGAGAGAGCAAAGCGGGAAAAUUCAUUCCUGGUAGGUUUCUGA